GUACCACCUUUGACCCUUUUGGAGCUCCUGCUAAGCCACCAGGUCAGGAUUUGCUGGGCUCCUUUCUGAACACAUCCAAUGCUUCUAGCGACCCUUUUCUGCAGCCCACCAGAAGUCCUUCCCCUACAGUGCAUGCUUCGAGCACACCUGCUGUGAACAUCCAGCCAGAUGUUGCUGGAGGUUGGGACUGGCAUACCAAACCAGGGGGUUUUGGAAUGGGAAGCAAAUCAGCCGCCACCAGCCCAACAGGCUCAUCACAUGGCACCCCUACCCAUCAGAGCAAGCCACAGACUCUGGAUCCCUUCGCUGACCUAGGGACACUAGGUAGCUCUUCCUUUGCCAGCAAACCUACCACACCAACUGGACUAGGCGGAGGGUUUCCACCUCUCAGCUCACCGCAGAAAGCAUCCCCCCAGCCGAUGGGUGGAGGGUGGCAGCAGCCCGCGGGCUAUAAUUGGCAGCAGGCGCAGCCUAAGCCGCCAUCCGGUAUGCCUCACUCCUCCCCACAGAACCGACCCAAUUACAACGUGAGCUUCUCAGCUAUGCCUGCGGGACAGAGCGAACGUGGGAAAGGAUCUUCUAAUUUAGAAGGGAAACAAAAGGCUGCUGACUUUGAAGACCUGCUUUCUAGUCAAGGGUUUAAUGCCCACAAAGACAAGAAGGGGCCUCGGACAAUAGCUGAGAUGAGAAAGGAGGAAAUGGCUAAGGAAAUGGAUCCUGAGAAAUUAAAGAUCCUGGAGUGGAUAGAAGGCAAAGAACGAAACAUCAGAGCCCUGCUCUCCACGAUGCACACGGUGCUGUGGGCCGGGGAGACCAAGUGGAAGCCGGUGGGCAUGGCCGACCUGGUAACACCAGAGCAAGUGAAGAAAGUGUACAGGAGGGCUGUGCUGGUGGUGCACCCUGACAAGGCUACUGGGCAACCCUAUGAACAAUAUGCAAAGAUGAUUUUCAUGGAGCUAAACGAUGCCUGGUCUGAAUUUGAAAACCAAGGCCAGAAGCCCUUGUAUUAAUCUGUGGGCUUUUUCUAUGCUGGCUGCAGCCCUGUGUUAAUGCUUAGUGUGUAUCACAGUUCUGAGAUUUUCACAGAUGAACCAAAAAUUCCAGUAAUGUAUUUCGAGUCCUAAACUGUUAAGUUCCUCACAAAUUCAUUUCUCAUGGUCAGGAAUGUGAAAGUUUGGUUUCUUAAAGUCCAUAGCACCAAGAGGAACUCUAGCAAGCUGACCUUGCAGAGUUAGGACGUUCCUGCUUGCCCUCUGGGAAGCCUCCUCAGCAUUUUGCCUGGGGAAAUGGGGCAGAGGCCACCCAAGUGGAAGUCAUGACAUCCAUUUCAUUGUCCGAGAUUACGAUUUAUGAGUGGAUGUUUUGAUAAUUGGAUUACGUAAUGGUUUUAAGGAAUUAAUUUAGGGAUAUUUUUGUUUGCGUUUUAUUUUUAAAAGAUGUAAUGUGGGCAAUGGAUAUCACCAACUGAGUAUUUCUCAAUGGAAAUUCACUAGAGCCCUUACCUCCUUUAGAGUGUGUAUUUUGCUCUAGAGAGUUAACAAUGAAAGAAGGGGCUAAAUGGUGGGAUAUGAUCUUGCAGGUCUAGGCAUUACCCCUGACUUUUCCGGGAUGAGCUGCAAACCCAAGCACGGGAUAGCUAAAGAAACCUGGAGCUUUGAGAUGUCAAAGCUCGACUUCCUGUCACAGAUGUUGGGCUGCUGGCUCCCUUUCCCUUAAAAAAAUCUAUGGUUGACUAUAGGCAAACCUCCAGACACUCCCACCACCGCCACAACUCCAAACUGGUUUGAAAGCGCCUUCUAAUGGCUCCCACCUGGCUUAGUGUUCUUUCUUUUGCUUAGUCAAGAAAACCUUCUUCAUGGGCGACUGUUUGGAAGGCAGGUUUGGCCCAUUCACAGUUGGAUGGAUCUGGUGUUCUGGGGGUUUGUAAGGAGCUAUGGGUAAAGCAGAGAGGACAACGCUAAGUACUAGUAGGAGAAGGGCUCCCUUGGGGAGAGAGCUGCGUGUGCCUUCAGAUUCAGUCGGAUAGCUUGCCAGUUUGGGAGACCAGAUUCCCACCCACCCAGUGAAUCUGGACCCCACCCCCUUCCUGGAUUACAUCUGCUGGGUUUGCUGUUGGAUGCCUGUAGUGGGGAAAUAUGCAAGAAUGAAGCUUUCGCAGAGCUACAGCUGGUCAUGUUUCAGCCCAGUGUUCAGUGCUUCCUGCUCUGCAGGGUAAGCAGCUUGGACGGCUGGGACUUCACUAGGUCUCCUGGUGAGCACAUGUGCAGCAUCUGUCUAUCCAUACAUGCAUGUGUAGAUGUAUGCUGUGCACAUGCGUAGUCACAGAGCAGGCGGUCCAAAGACAUUCGUUCUAAUCUUAAAAAGGUCACACUCGCUGUUGUGAAAAGCUUUCCAAAAGUUGCUUUUCGAAGACAAUCAUUUUGUUUGUUUGUUUCUGUUUAAAUAUUCUUGUGACAAACGGAACCAGAAAGGCAGCAUGUCGGAAAUACUUUUGUUCUGUAUAGAUCUCUCUCCUCUCUCUCUCUCUUUUUUUUAAAUUAUAAAAGUUCUUCUUUUUAUUUUACCGUUUACUGAUAAUGUGAAAUUCUCAAAAAAAAUGCUCUCUUAUAAAUAUACAGCUGUAAACUGUUCAAAGUAACCAUAACAACCUAGGUGUUAUUUAUUGACGUAUUAAACAAUGAUGUCUUACCCAGUAUGUGCUUGUCCUAUUUAAGAUUGGGAUGUGAGACAUGUUGAUGUGACCUGUUUUGGUUUUGUUGAGCUUUUUGUUUUUUUCCUUCAUUCACAUUUGUAGAUAUUGUGUGAACUACAGUAAAUAAUGACAAUAAUUAAGAGGAUAUUAUGUGGCUGUCACGUACAUUUUGAGACAAUAGAACUAUAUUAGCUUUGUAUUAUGUUUGCAUAGCUCAUUAAUGUUCAUGGUUCCAAUACCACUAAAUGUUAUGCAAUUAGCAAUGAGAAAGAACCCCUCCUUAAGCCUGGGGGUUUCCCACCUCUCUUUCCCAGAUGCAUUAUGAGUCUGGACGCCUGUCUGUCUCAGAACUUUUAACACGUGCAGACCGGUAGGUUCUGCAUGCCUUUUAAGUACCUGGUUGUGACAGCUUGUUGUUGGUCGGACCCACUGUCUCAUCCAUAUUUAUUGUAAUAUAUUUUUGUUUUGUAAAUACGGUAAACACAAAAUGUCAUUGUUCUAAAAUAUUUGUAAUGUAUAUUAAAAAGGAUAAAAAAUACUUGUGGAAAUAUACGUUAUUUUUG